ACAUCCUGUUUUACACAAAUGAGAAGUCUGCCUUGAAGGACAGAUGAAUCAUUUCUUAUUUCUGUGAGCAAAUCUCCACACACUGAAGACAAACUGUUAAAGAUAAACUGAUGAAGAGGAAGCGCUGCGAGAUGUUUGUGGUCCUUUUCAUCAUGGGGCUCCUGGACUGUCGGGCCCACGGUUGGUCUCAACCCAAGAUCUCCGUGAACUCUGAAGUUCUGACGAGCUCUGACGUGAUUCUCGACACUGGAUCUCCUCUUCUUUUGACCUGCGAGGGGGACGGUCCAGUCACGUGGAUUAUACGACUGCCCAAACUCAAAAAAUACAUCUCCGAAGCAGUCGGAAACAUCCGGAGUUUCCGCGUGGACAAAGCCUCUGUGACCGUCACAGGCACUUACAAGUGUGUUUACACGAACGGAAACCAUUCAAGCUUGUCGUCCUCUGUUCAUGUGUUUGUCAGGGAUUCUAAAGUUCUCUUUGAGACAACGAAUACGCCCAUGAUGUACGUCCUUAAAGAAGGUGAAGAUCUGACGUUGCCGUGUCUUCUCACCGACCCCAAUGCCACAGACUUCACGCUGCGGAUGGAAAACGGCUCCGCGGUGCCCUCCGGCAUGAAUGUGACCUUUGACCCCAGGAAGGGCGUUCUGAUUAGGAACGUUCACCCCAGUUACACCGCUGACUACAUGUGCAGCGCUCGAAUUCGGGGAGUCCAGAAACUGUCUAAGAUCUUCUCUGUGACCGUUGGAGAGAGGUUGCGUUCCCCACCGUAUGUGUUCCUGAAGAGAAACCAGUAUGUGAAACUGGUUGGAGAGAAAUUGCAGAUCAGUUGUACCACAAACAACCCAAACUUUAACUACAAUGUCACCUGGACUCACACCUCUCGAAAGUUGCCACGAGCAAAGGUGAACCUUGUGUCGAAAGGAAAUCGUUUGGCCAUCGAGAGCAUUUUGACCAUUCCUGCUGUUCAGCUGUCUGAUUCGGGAAACAUCACGUGUACGGGACAGAACGAAGCCGGAGCAAACCGCUCCACAACUCACCUGCUCGUUGUAGAUGAGCCGUACGUCCGUCUCUCGCCGAAGCUCUCGUCUGAAGUCACUCACAGCGGUCUGUCCAUCGAGGUCAGUGAAGGAGAUGAUGUUGAUCUCGGGGUCUUGAUCGAAGCGUAUCCUCCUCUGACAUCACACCGCUGGGAGACUCCAACAUCCCACAAUGCAUCUGUUCCUGAGCACAGGUUCUACAGCUAUAACAACAGGUACGAGGCGCUGCUGUUCCUCAAAAGACUCAACUUCUUAGAGAUGGGUCGUUACUCUCUAUAUGUGACGAGUCGCGUGAGAAACGCCUCCAUUGCAUUUACCAUUAAAAUGUACAAGAAACCCGUCGCCAUGGUGAGAUGGGAGAAUGUCACAACGCUGUCGUGUAAGUCAUAUGGGUAUCCCGCGCCCAGCAUCCUCUGGUACCAGUGUGCUGGCAUCAGAACCAUGUGCACAGAAAACUUGACGGGUCUUCAGCCAAUCGUGACUCAGACGGUGGAGUUUCGGGAGGAACAGUCUGGGACGGUUGCCGUGGAGAGCGUGCUGACCGUGAGACCGUCCAAUCAGAGAAUGGCGGUGGUGUGCGUCGCCUUCAAUCUCGUCGGCCAGGACAGCGACGCCUUUGCCAUGGAGGUUUCUGAAAAACUCUUCACUAGUGCGCUCCGAGCACGAGCGGCGGUGACUGUUCUCCUGCUGCUCGUCUGUUUCCUGCUGUACAAAUACAAACAGAAACCCAGAUACAAGAUCCGCUGGAUGAUCAUUGAAGCAGCAAACGGGAACAACUACACCUUCAUUGACCCGACACGACUGCCAUACAAUGAGAAGUGGGAGUUUCCCCGAGACAAACUGAAGCUCGGUAAAACUCUGGGUGCAGGAGCGUUUGGUAAAGUUGUGGAGGCCAAAGCGUACGGUCUGGGAAAAGACGACAAUGUCAUUCGUGUUGCUGUGAAAAUGCUGAAAGCCAGUGCUCAUCCUGAUGAGAGAGAGGCUCUGAUGUCAGAACUGAAGAUACUGAGUCACCUCGGACAACACAAGAACAUUGUGAAUCUUCUGGGCGCCUGCACACACAGUGGCCCAGUACUGGUGAUCACAGAAUACUGUUGCCAUGGAGACCUCUUGAACUUCCUGCGUGGCAAAGCAGAGAACUUCCUGAACUUCGUUAUGACGAUUCCGAAUAUUCCAGAGCUGGCGACAGAUUAUAAGAACAUGACCGCUGACCGGGAGCUUUUCCGAAGUGCCAACGGGCUCUCCGGCAACGGCUCUGAGAAUUAUCUGGACAUGAGACCGGCAACAUCCACACCAGCAAACUCAAUUCUGGGUUCUUCUUUGGAGGGACAGGAAGAUGACUCGUGGUCAUUGGACAUGGAUGAUCUGCUCAGAUUCUCCUAUCAGGUGGCUCAGGGGCUCGACUUCCUGGCUGCUAAAAAUUGUAUUCACAGAGAUGUAGCGGCGAGAAAUGUUCUUCUGACCGACAGACGAGUGGCUAAAAUCUGUGAUUUUGGUCUAGCACGAGACAUCAUGAAUGAUUGUAACUACGUGGUCAAAGGAAACGCUCGUCUUCCGGUGAAGUGGAUGGCUCCAGAGAGUAUUUUUGAGUGUGUUUAUACCGUCCAGAGUGACGUCUGGUCUUACGGGAUUCUACUGUGGGAAAUAUUCUCAUUGGGUAAAAGCCCGUAUCCCAACAUCCUGGUGGACUCAAAGUUCUAUAAAAUGAUUAAAUGUGGAUAUCAGAUGUCCAGACCGGACUUUGCAUCACCAGAGAUGUACACAAUCAUGAAGACGUGCUGGAACCUGGAACCCGCUGAGAGACCGACCUUCAGUAAGAUCAGUCAACUCAUCGAGAGGAUGCUGGGAGACGCACCUGAGUUACACCAGCAGCAGACGGAGUACAAGAACGUCCAAUCCGAAGUGCAUGAAGAAGAACUGGAGACAUGUGACCCAGUGAAGUGUGACGAGUCGCUGUGUGAGACGUCAAGUGACCAGGAGGAAGAGGAUCGACCGCUCAUGAGACCGAAUAACUACCAGUUCUGCUGAGAAACAAACUAACUCCUGCAAUCCUGUCGCUUCAUUUCUGUUUGUUGGUCAACAAAAACAGUCUUGUGAUUUUACAGUCUGUCAGAUAUGUUGCUGACGUAAACAAUCUUAAGUUUAAAUGUGUUGUUUCAAAUUAAACUCAGGACACAGAUGUUAUAUGGGAACAUUUACAUUUAUUGAAUGUAGUCGGUGUUGUUUUGUUUGACUGUGUGUGCUUUUGUUGCUGGUUUUGGCGUGUUGCUUUAAAUGAACCGGUUGCACUUCUCUGAUAGAUCUGUUGACAGUAAAACCUCAGAUUUGGUUUUGAGUUAAAUUGAACUUCUCUUGUUUGACUUGCGGUUUAUUUGCUGAUGCAGCAGCUUCCAAUGAACAGAUGUUCUGCGUUCCGUCGUGUUUUUGAUUUCGCAAUCCAAGUAAACGUGUUGAUGUACAGCAACCGUUGUCUUCAUACAGGGUCCAAAAUGAACGUUGUGCCAAUGAUGAGUGAAUUGAGAGUAUUUACCAGCCAUACAUAUUUCUUGCCAUGAAAUGAUACGUUGCAUUAUUUAAAUUGUUAUUUAUAACCGGUUCAUUUAAAUAAAUACAAAAUUAUAUAUAUAUAUAUAUAUAAAACGUGUGUAUAUAUAGAAUACCGAAACCGGAUUAUUUUCAUGACUUUAAGUAACAUUAACCGUUCCUGAAUGCGACUUCUUUCGCCCAUGCGGAUGGGACAUCCUGUUUAAAUACUCUGACAAAGUUUCCCGCGUUACCAUUCAGCGGCACCGCAACAUCACUGAUUAAUUACCACAAAUUACUCUUAUGAGUUUUUUAUUUUCAAUCUACAGUAUAUGAGUCAAUUAAAUCUCUUGUGAGUUUUUUUAUGUACAGUGUGAAACAUACAGCGUGACCAGUGUAGUCAGAUUCCCAAACAAAUGACUCUCAUGAGUCGGUUCUUUUGAAUCUAGCAAGGCAAAACAAACAGUCUAAAGACACCUGCACAAUAUCAAACGACCUCUUGAUACAGAAAAUCCAGUAAGAAUUUCAUUUCAUGCAGAUCAUUAUUUCUGCUCUGAAGUUCAUGAGGUGGUGUCGGAGAGAGGUCAGAGGUCAUCAACAGAGAGUCUCCUGCUCCAGUUCUCAGUCAAUCCUACUCGGUAAACAAAGUGUUUUACAGCUUCUCACGAUGAUUGUGGCGGUUAAGAGUGAUAGCGUGAGUGCAGCGCGGGUUUGGAGAGCCGCUCCACGCCUAGAACUGGUGAAACAUUGACAUGCUGUUGGUGCAAUAACGUGUCUGAGGUCAGGCGGUCGGCCGCUUAUGUCUUUAGAUGACCUGGGGGUCAAAGGUUAAAUGCAUUCUCGCUGAUAGAGAAGCCUUUUCUUUUAUUCUAGAGGACUUGUGAUAGUUUACCCCAAAACCGAUAUGCUGUUAUCGUUCCUGCUAUCAUUUCAAUAUGGGGUUUUGAACGACAUGAGGGUGAGUACGUAAUGACGUCAUUUCUGAGUGAAGUCACAGUCUGUGAGUUGAUGAUGAGCACAUGGUUUUUCAUGCAUUCUUACAUUUGAAAAGGGUUCUUGAAUCAUAUUUUGAUGAAUAUUUCUCGGCUUUUUACCUUAAAUAAAAUGUUUUUCAUCAAUUGUUGCAUUAAAAUAUGACGAUUUUGCACAAACGGCCAUAAAGUAACAGAUAUGAAAUGCUUAUUUACUCAUUAUCUCUAUAUGUUUCUAUAUAACUAGAGAAAUUAUUACUGAAAGCUACUAAUAAA